AUGAACUUGUUCCUCAUCCUCGCCCUCCUCGAGCGCCCCAAGUUCGACAACCCUUUACACCAGGCCUCCAGCUACUAUCCAGUACCGCAUAUUGACCUGCCCACCAACUACACCACCCUCCACGGUGAGCACUGCCCUGCCGCCGGUGAGGCCGUCUCCCAAUAUGUCCUCACCGGCGUAGCGCUCGCCAUCACCGCAGUCUACAUCACCCGGGCGCGUCUCUUCCGGCUGCUUCCUCCAUGGCUACGGCCCUUUGCCGCGGAACAAGGGCCCGACCGUCGCGCCGCAGACGACGGUUCCGAUGACGACCUCUUCAAGCCCAAAGGGUGGACGCACUGGACCCUCAUCCUCUUCCUCAUCGCCGUCUUCGGCUUCCUCCUCUCCCUGGUGCCCGUCGUGCUCGCUCCUACGCAGCCGCUCCCCCGCUUCGAAAUCGUCCCCUGGAUCGCCGUGCUCGUCAUCACCAUGGCCGAGCGCCCGACCAGCACGCCGCGCCUGCUGCUUGCCCUGUACGCGGCCAUCCUCCUCACCAGCGCCUCCAUCUUCUCGGCGCACUUCCUCGACCACGACCUGCUCUAUGUCGAGCCCACGCAGCUCGCGCGCGUUGUGCUCGCCGCGCUCGCCGCCGCCUGCAUCUGCGCCAUGCCCCUGCGCGACCCGACCUGGGACGUCGCUGACAUCGGCUCCGGCAAGCUGCCGCCGUCGUCGCUCCUCCGCAGCCCCGAGGAUAACCUGAGCCUCGCGCGCUUCUGGACCAUGAGCUGGGUCGGCCCGCUGGCUAAGCUCUGCAAGGUGCGCGAGAUCACCGUCGACGACGUCUGGCAGCUGCCGUUCGACUUCCAGCACACCCGCCUGUACAUGGCCUUUCGCGAGGUCAAGGGCCAGCUGCUGCCGUGUCUGAUCGAGGCCAACGGACUCGACCUCUUCAUCUCCACGACCCUUGCCAUCGUUGAAAAGGUGCUCGAGGUCACAAAUAUCCGCCUCACCAGCAAGCUCUACCAGGCACUCGACGCGGCGGAGCCCUCCGGGGCCAUCUACUGGUGUUUUGUGAUGCUCGCCCUCGACGGCCUCCGCCAGGUCUCCAAGACGACGGCAAACUGGUACUCGCGCAAGGCCUACGAGCGUUCCCGCGGCGAGACUUUUAUCGGUCUCUUUGGAAAGCUCCUGACGCGCGCCGUGCCGGGCUCCGACGCCACCGAGAAGGGCCCUCAAGAGGCCACCUCCCUGCAAAACGGAACCGGCAGCCCCGACAACGAGUACGAUGAGUUGACCGAGCCGCAAACCGCGAUGCAGCGCUUCGUCUCGCGCAUCUGUGGUCGCCGUGUAAAGAAGACGGCCACCCCGUUCCCUGCCCAGCCCGCGUCCAACGCCAAGGUCGUCAAUCUCGUGCGCGGCGACACGUACGAGAUCUCGCAGCGCUUCUGGGACUUUCAGAAGCUCGUCUCGCAGCCCGUCAAGAUCAUCUUCGCCAUGUACUAUCUUGUCGACAUAAUGGGCUGGCCGUCGGCCGUCGGCUUUGCGCUCAUGGUGCUCUUCCUAACCUGCAACUCGCUCCUCGUGAAGCGCCUCAUUGCCCUGGAACGCCAGCGCACAGCCCACUCAGACAAGCGCGCGCAGGCCGUAUCGCACUUUGUCGAGGCCAGCCGGCCGCUUAAGCUCAACGGGUGGACGGCGUCGUGGAGUGCGCGAAUUAUGCGCUUCCGCGAUCUCGAGAUGCGCAAGCGUCUGCAGAUGGCGCUGGUCACCGCCGCCAUGUCCACACUCAACGUCGCCGGCGGCACGGCCUACCCGCUCGCCGGCAUCGCACUCUUCACGCUCGUCCUGCGCCGCGGCCUGCCCAACGACGUCAUCUGGCCAUCGCUCCAGCUAUUCGGCCAGCUCGAGGCCAGCGUCAAGGAGGCCUUUGACCUCGUCUCCGCCUUCUGGAAGACGACCAUCCCCGUCGAGCGUGUCCACGCGUACAUGGACGAGCCCGACCGGGACGUCGUCGCACCUGGCAGCGGCAGCGCUACCCCCGGCACGCCGCAACACAUCUCCUUCCGAAACGCCUCCUUCGCCUGGCCCUCGACCGACGUCCCGGUCCUCCGCGAGCUCAACUUUGACAUCCGCACCGGCCUCACCAUCGUCCGCGGCAAGGUCGGCGCCGGCAAGUCCAGCUUGCUGCUCGCCGCCCUCAACGAGAUGGAGUUGCGCGAGGGCUCCCUGGCGCUCCCUGACGAGCCCGUCGGCUACGCACAGCAGCUGCCGUGGCUGCAGAACAAGACGAUCCGCGAGAACAUCCUCUUCCAACAGCCGUUCGACGCGCACCGCUACCGCCAGGUGCUCCACGCCUGCGCGCUCGCGCCGGACCUCGCCGCGCUCGUCAACGGCGACAUGACCAAGCUCGAGGAGGGUGGCGUCGGGCUUUCCGGUGGCCAGAAGGCGCGCGUCGCCCUCGCCCGCGCCGUCUACUCGCCGAGCCGCGUGCUCCUCCUCGACGACCCGCUGGCGCCGCUCGACCACGACACCGCCACGGCCGUCGUCCGGCGCCUCCUGCAGGGCCCGCUCGCCAAGGGCCGCACCAUUGUCAUGGUGACGCACCGCGACGACCUGGUCCUGCGCAUCGCCGACACCGUCAUCGACGUCGACGGCGGCACCGCACGCGUGCUGCACUGGCACGAGGUCCAGGCGGAGCUCGCGCACCCGUACCACGCGGUGGACGGGGCGGCCACCCACGACGACGCGGACCACUCCGCCGCCGCGCACGAGGAGCUGCUCUCCGGCGGUAAGAUCGAUCCCGAAGACCCCUCGGAAACGGGCGGCGUGUCGUGGACCGUAUACCUCAAGUACAUGCGGGCCGGCGGCUGGCACAUGUGGGCGCUGCUGGCCGCGGCGUACGGCAUCUCCCGGUUCUGCGACAUUUCGCGCGCCCGGCUCCUCGAGGAAUGGGGCAAGGACACGGCGUCCAGCGCCCACCUCUCCGGCGGCGGCGGCGGCUACUGGGGCCUGCCGGACGCCGACGGGCACGCGGGCACCUGGCUGUGGGUGCUCGCGGGCUUGUCGGCCGGGCAGGUGGUCAGCUACGGCAUCGCGCAGGUGCUGCUCGCGCGCAUCAGCGUGGACGCGGCGCAGGCGCUGUUCCGCGCGGCGGUCGACAAGGUGAGCCGGGCGACGUUCCGCUACCACGACACGACGCCGACGGGCCAGCUGAAGAACCGGCUCAUCGCGGACAUGUCCAUGGUGGACGGCGGGAUCCUGCAGCCGCUCGAGGCCUUCGUUUUCCAGCUCAUCUCGCUGGCCAUGUCGCUGGCGGCCAUCACGACGCACCAGCCGGCGCUGCUGGGCGUGCUGGGUGUCGUCUCGGCGCUCUUCGUCUACUUCUUCCGACUGUACGUGCCGGCGUCGCGGUGCCUGCGCCGCAUGGAGAUGCGCUACCUGACGCCCAUCAUCGCCAACAUCGGCGUCAUGCAGGACGGGCUCGUCACGGUGCGCGCGAUGCGCGUCGAGCGCCACUUCCAGCGGCGCCACCUCGAGGCCGUCGACGACUUCCAGAAGCAGGACCACUUCUUCUGGAGCAUGGCAUUCUGGCUGGAUUUCCGGCUAUCGAUGAGCUCGGCGGCGAUGCGCGCGGCGCUGGUGCUGCUGAUGGUGGCGCUCGGCACGGCCGCGUCGGCGGUCGGCUUCGUGCUGACGCAGACGACCAUCGCCAUGGCCGCCGUGCAGCAGCUGUGCGAGCGCUUCGCGCAGCUGCAGCUCGACGCGGUCAGCCUGGAGCGCGUGCACAUGCUGGACCGCAUCCCCGCGGAGCCCGCCGGCGGCGCGCAGCCGCCCGACGGCUGGCCCGCGCCCGGCGACGCCGUCGUCUUCGACGACGUCUCCUUCCAGUACGACGACGACCUGCCGCCCGUGCUGGACCGCGUGACGCUGCGGAUCCCCGGCGGGGCGACGUGCGCGGUGCUCGGGCGCACCGGCUCCGGCAAGUCGACCAUUGCCAACGCGCUGCUCGCCACGCGCGCGCCCUCCCACGGCACGCUGACCGUCGGCGGCGUGGACUUGGCGGAGGUGGACCGCGCGGCGCUCCGCGGCCGCAUCACGUUCAUCCAGCAGGACCCGACGCUGUUCCCCGGCACGCUGCGGGACAACCUGGACCCGGAGGGGCGGUUCGCGGACGCGGCGUGCGCGGCGGCCGUGGCUCGGGCCCGAGUGGCGGCUGGACUCGCCGAUCGACGCGGGCGGGCGGAACUUGUCGCAGGGGCAGAGGCAGCUGGUGGGGAUCGGGAGGGCGGUGCUGCGGAGGUCCGGGCUGGUGGUGCUGGACGAGGCGACGGCGAGCAUCGAUCGGAAGACGGCGGCGGUGGUGCAGAGGGUGCUGCGGGAGGAGCUGGGGGAGAGCACGGUGAUUACGAUCGCGCAUAG